AUGGGUGACGAAGAAAUUGAGGUAGACCAUCGCUGCCAAUUUAUCCAGGGAGUUGAGAGAGACACAGUGUUCAAAAUUCAAAGAUUCUUGCAUGAACGUAACAUUUUAGUCAAAACAUUUAAAACUGCUUUAGAAAACCUACCUGAAGAGGAUUAUAAAGUCGUCAUUCACGCAGAUCGGACCCCUCGAGGAGAGCAUGAAAGGCGCUACAAUGCACCUUUGAUAAACGAAAUAGCAGCCGUAAUUAGUGGUGAUCAAUUUUCUUCACGAGACAUUGUCUUGCGAGCACGUGAUGUUACGUUGCAACGGGUAGCCGAUACACACAAGUUUUAUGACGCUCUGCAAUACCCAUUGAUUUAUUGCAAAGGACAAGAGGGUUACCAUUUUCAAAUUCCACUCAUUAACCUGGUCACAAAGGAGCCUACUCCGAACAAAAAAGUAUCAUGUAUGGAUUUUUAUGCGUAUCAUAUGAUGUUGCGAGAAAAUGAUUUUAACCUCUUAGCCCGGUUACGGAAAGAUAAAAACAUUGCUGUGGCCGUAGCUUCCGACGGUGUAGCCGCCACGCUGCUAAGCGGGGGCCGCACUGCACAUUCUGUUUUAAAACUCCCUCUAAAUCUAGCCCUGGAAGAAUCGCCGAUCUGCAACUUUAGCAAAAAUAGUGUACGAGGUAUAAUGCUACGACAAUGCAAACUUUUAGUGUGGGACGAAAGUACAAUGUCGCAUAAAAAAGCUGUAGAAGCACUAAAUCGAACGCUCCAGGAUUUGCGCAGCAAUACCGAUGUAAUGGGAGGAAUGGUGGUUUUACUGGCUGGUGACUUUCGCCAAACUUUACCUGUCAUUCAAAAGGGCACACCUGCAGAUGAAAUUAAAGCAUGCCUCAAGUCGUCUAUUUUAUGA